AAACUUACCCUUCAUAGCCAUUUAAACCUGUGUGUGUCAACUUGUGUGUUUAUUAACUUUUGAUCAGGGGCCAUUUUGGUGAUUUCAGUUAUCAUUAUGAUUUAAAAAGGGAAAACACAAUUAUGUGAAAAUAAAUGGCUUCACCUGACCACUAUCUCUAAAUAAAACAAAAGUUUUCAGCAUCAUCAGUCAUAUUUUCCAAUAAAUGGCCAAUUUUUCACAAAUUCUACCAGGGUAUGUAAACUUAUGAGCCAUACUGUAUAUAUUAAGGUGGAAAGUCAGGAUGUGGAGGAAACAAGUGCAACUUUCCUUCAUAGAUUGACCUGCAAAUAACAUUUUUUCCUACCAUUAACAUACUGUACUGCCACGUGCAUUUACUGCAAAAAGUGGAAAUUUUAAUAACGUUGCAAUUGAACGUAUCAUGGUUUUGUAGAAUUGUACAAUAUCGAAGUUCUAGUCUGGCGAUGUUGAGUUGUUGAGUCUAUAAAUCUCUACCUUUUUCCUUAAAUUGACACAUUACAUCAAUGCAAAUUUUACAUUAUUAUUUGCUUAUUGCAUGUACUCUUUAUACAAUGAACACAUUCCUCAGUCAACAUAUUUUACAUGUUUUUAUUGUAAAUUUCUAUUUUAUAUUCAUGAUUACUUGACUUGUAUUUGAUCUUUUCUCUGAUUGAACAUCGAGGCAAAUUCCUUUUAUUUGAAAACCUGCUGGGCAAUAAACCUGUUUCUGAUUUUGCUUCUGAUUGAAUAAUAGGUUACAUUAGCAAACAUUACUGAUAGAGACUUCACAGAAAUCCAAGAUGCUUCUUAUUACUGAAAGAGGACAAACAGUUAAAUCAACUCUCAGAAGAAGAUAUUUUGUGGGGCGGUGGAGGAAACGUUUUAUUAAGCAGAAACAGAUACAUGCAGGUUGUUGAAUAAGACUUUGCAUUAAAACUAUAAUUUCACAUCAUUGUUUAGUUUUUAUUUGAAGAUUUACUCAUAGUUUCCUCAGUGUGUUUGCUUUGAAUUAUUCUUUAACUCAUCUCACAAAGGUUGAGACAGGAAGUAAAACCUCCCGUUAACCACUAGAGGCCAGACUAACUCCCAACAUCAACUUGUUUCACCUCUCUCUCGCUUCCAGGGCUCUUCUCUUCAUUCCUCCUCAUCAUGUUCAUCAACCAUUCAUCACCAAAUUCAUCUCAUCCACCACCCUCAGGGUCCGCACCCACCCCUACACCCCUGCACCCCACCACCAUCCUCUCCACCACCUUGACCCACACUAACGCCACCGUCAACCCGGCCGCCGCUGCCAUAUCCAACUUCUUCAAUGAUCUGCUGGAUAAGAUCCCCUUGCCUCGAUGGGCGAUCUACACCAUCUUUGCGGCUGGUGGUCUGCUGAUUCUGCUCUGCCUUCUGUGUAUCUGCAUCAAGUGCUGCUGCAAAGGGAAGAAGAAGAAGCGGCAGAAUAAGAACGAUGAGAAGAUCAACUUGAAGGGAGUGAACGGAAAAACCACCGCAGCUCUGGUUCAGCCUGAUGUGGCAGAUGUGGACUACGGCUCGACCAAACAACAGAGAGGAAAGCUGCUCUACUCUCUGGAGUACAACGCCAAUCAGUCGGAGCUCACUGUGGGGAUCAAACAAGCCGCCAACCUGAAGGCCAUGGACCUGGGAGGAAGCUCUGACCCCUACGUGAAAGUCUACAUCUGUCCUGACAAAUCCAAAACCUGCGAGACCAAAGUGUUCAGACACACGCUGAACCCCGUCUUCAACGAACAUUUCAACUUCCAGAUAGCCAAGUCUACGCUGCUGAAGUCGACGGUGGUGUUGCAGAUGUUUGACUUCAACAGAUUCUCCAAACACAACAUCAUUGGCGAGCUCAGGCUGCAGCUCGGCGACGUCGACUGGAACCACGUCAUCGAGGAGUGGCAGGACCUCGCUGAACCCGCCAAAUUUGAGGAAGAAAACCUGGGGGAGAUCUGCUUCUCUCUGCGUUACGUUCCCACUGCCAGCAAACUGACUGUGGUGAUCCUGGAGGCCAAAAACCUGAAGGCCAUGGACAUCGGAGGAACCUCAGAUCCGUAUGUGAAGGUGCAGUUGGCUCUGGACAAGAGGAAGUGGAGGAAAAGGAAGACGUCCAUUAAAAAGAAGACGCUGAACCCUUAUUACAACGAAUCCUUCACCUUCGACGUGUCAUUUGAACAAAUCCAGAGAGUGAACCUGGUGAUCUCCGUGUGGGACCACGACGCCAUGACCCGCAACGACGCUAUGGGGAAGAUCUUCCUGGGCUGCGAUGCCACAGGGAACCAGCUGAGGCACUGGGCCGACAUGUUGUCCAACCCACGGCGGCCGGUCGCUCAGUGGCACAACCUGCUGUCCGCCGAGCAGGUCAACUCCACCCUGACCCUAAAAAGCAAGAUCCCCCUCUCCAGCAAACUGCCCUUCUGAUGGAAAACACAGUGUCGGUCCUGUCGAAGACGAAUCAUUUCAAACAGACAAAACCAGUAUGAGGAGAUUUAAAUAUUGUUUAUUUCAUCUAUCGUAUUGAUUUCUUUGUAUUUUACAUUAAAGAUUAACUAUUAUAUUUUGGUAUCAAAUCAUAAAAUGAUAAAUGAUAUUUUACUUUCCAACAUGAGCACUUCACUCUUCCUGUAUAAACUGUAUCAGACCUCAAAACAAAUGUCAACCUUCAAAUAGUCAAUCUUCAAGUUUUCUCUAAUAUGAAUUAAAUAUUAUUUUAUCAAUUGCA